UCUUCCGACGACGGGCGACGCUUUACACUACUCUUCUUCUUCUUCUUCUUCUCUCACCCCGAAGUAGGAAAUUUCACGGCGAGACACAGAGCAAUUUGGAAUCUUCUCUCUUUUUUUGACAUAUAAUUCUGGUGAUUUUAUUUCCGAGUAAGAUGGGUGAGAUGGCGAAGAGGGCUCGAUCAAACUUUAACGGAUUACAUCACCCUGUUGUUGAUUUUUGGCGACGAGAGGUCGGUGGUAUCUCCUCCCGUAAUUUCUCCAAUCGCUUCUCCGCCUCCGAGGAUUUGGUUUUGCGUCUAGAGAUAUACAAGAAGCUAGAGAAGCACAAAGGGUGUGUGAACACCGUUAGCUUCAAUGCUGAAGGAGAUGUUCUGAUUUCGGGUUCUGAUGAUCGGCGUGUCAUUCUUUGGGAUUGGCAACUUGGGAACGUUAAGCUUUCCUUCCAUUCAGGACACGCUGAUAACGUAUUUCAAGCAAAGUUUAUGCCUUUCUCUGAUGAUCGAACCAUUGUUACUUGUGCUGCUGAUGGAAUGGUUCGUCGUGCUAACAUUCUUGAGGGUGCCAAAGUGGAGACGUCUUUCUUAGGAUUGCAUCAAGGAAGAGCUCAUAAGCUAUGUAUUGAGCCAGGAAACCCUCAUAUAUUCUACACAUGUGGUGAAGAUGGAUUAGUACAACGUUUUGACCUGAGGACUGAAGCCCCUACAGAACUUUUCACGUGCCAAUCAGUUGAUCCUAAGAGGGACAUGGACGCCAUCCAGCUAAACGCAAUUGCGAUUGACCCGAGAAAUUCUAAUCUCUUUGUUGUUGGGGGAAUGGACGAGUACGCUCGUCUUUACGAUAUCCGUAGAUUUCAGGGUGAUGGUUUAAACGGUUUUACCCGAGCUGCAGAUCACUUUUGCCCUCCACAUCUUAUUGGUAAUGAAGACGUUGGAAUAACGGGUUUGGCUUUCUCAGAGCAGAGUGAGGUUCUUGUUUCAUACAAUGAUGAAUUCAUAUAUCUUUUCACACCCGAUAUGGGAUUAGGUUCCAACCCUAUACCAGCAUCCCCGAUAUCCAAAAGUAGUGUAUCGAAAUCUGAAUCAGCUUCUUCCCCUAAAAAUGAGAUUGAACACACUCCUUUGGUUUACAAGGGGCACAAGAACUGUGAGACUGUUAAGGGUGUGAAUUUUUUUGGCCCUCGGUCUGAAUAUGUGGUUAGUGGGUCAGACUGUGGGCGGAUAUUUAUUUGGAGGAAAAAAAGUGGGGAGCUUAUCCGUGUUAUGGAAGCAGAUAGGCAUGUAGUUAACUGUAUUGAGCCUCAUCCUCACAUUCCUGUGCUUGCUAGCAGCGGAAUUGAAAGUGACAUCAAGGUGUGGACGUCAAAGGCAGCUGAAAGAGCUACAUUACCUGAAAACAUUGAAAUGUUACCCAAUCGCUUUCGCAUUCCUCGGUUAUUAUCCUUUCUAAGCUUCCAUUAUUAUGACGACGAUUUAUUUGGUAAUGGAAUGGAAAUUGGUAUUGAUGGUAACGAGGGGGAAGAUGAAUCUAUUGAUGAUGCUGAGGAUGAUGAUGAUUCAGAUUAUAGUAGUGGACUUGAUGAUAAUGAUUCUGAUGAUGACAUGGAUAGUGAUGAUGAUGAUUAUAUGGAUAGUGAUGAUGAAUGUUUUAUUGAAAUCGAUAACAAUAUGGAUAAUAAUGGUGAUGGUGGUAGUGAGACGAAUGUUGAUAGUGUUAGUGGCAGUCAUCAAGAUGACGAUGACGAUGAUGGUGAUGGUGAUGGUGAUGGUGACAAUCUUGAUGAUGAUGAUGAUGAUUGAAUAUUUGUUUGAAAUUUGUUUAUUCCAGCGGAAGCGAAAGCCUAGGGGAUGGAUGUACCGUGUAUCUUCACCGCAGGAACUACUGGCGCAACUCUUCGCACUGCAGAACAGAAGGAGUAGUA